AUGGAUCAUUUAUGGUAUAAGAUGGGUUUAGAUAUUGUUAUGUUCCGUGCCCCAGAUAAGGGUGGAAAUCCAGAUUUGAUUCGUUUAUCUCAAGAGAGACGUUUCAAGCCAGUCGAGACCGUACAAACCGUCAUCGAUUUAGAUAUGAAGCUUAGAGAUGCUAAAUAUCGUUUAGAUCAAACCAAUGCUGAAUAUACUAAAGUAAAUAAAGAAUUGGCAAUUAAGAAGAAGGCAGGUGAAUCAGGUGAGGAAGUCGAUAAAUUGGUAGCUAGAGCCGCUGAGAUCGAUAAGAAUAUCGUUGCUUACAAGUUGGAAUGCGCUCAAGCCGAAGACGAGUUGAAGAAGGCUAUCAAGCCAAUCGGUAAUAUCGUACACGAGUCUGUACCAGUCUCGAACAACGAAGACAACAACCAGGUCGUCCGUACCUGGGGUGAGCCAAAGACACAGAAGGAUCUGUUGCAUCACCACGAGCUGCUCGAGAUGAUCGACGGUUACGACUUGGUGCGUGGAACCAACGUGUCCGGUCACCGUUGCUACUUCUUGAAGGGUGUCGGUGUCGAGUUGAACUUGGCCAUCAUCAACUACGGUUUGGCGUUCCUCAAGAAGCGUAGCUACACUCACUUGCAGACCCCGUUCUUCAUGCGUAAGGAGAUCAUGGCCGAGACUGCCCAGUUGGAGCAGUUCGACGAGGAACUCUACAAGAUUGUCGGUGGUGCACAGGGCGAGGAGAACGAGAAGUACUUGAUCGCCACCUCCGAGCAGCCAAUCUCUUCGUAUCACCGUGGAGAGUGGAUCGAGGAGAAGGACUUGCCAAAGAUGUACUCUGGUUACUCCACUUGUUUCCGUAAGGAGGCCGGUGCACACGGUCGUGACGUCUGGGGAAUCUUCCGUGUACAUCAAUUCGAGAAGAUCGAGCAGUUUGUCAUCACCAAGCCCGAGGAUUCCUGGGCUAUGCACGAGCAGAUGAUUGCCACCGCCGAGGCAUUCUACCAGGAGCUCGGAUUGCCAUACCAGGUGAUCUCGAUUGUUUCCGGUGCACUCAAUAAUGCCGCCGCCAAGAAGUACGAUCUCGAAGGUUGGUUCCCAGGUUACAACCAGUACCGUGAGCUCGUCUCCUGCUCCAACUGUACCGACUAUCAAUCGCGUGAUCUCGAGAUUCGUUGCGGUAUGAAGAAGCAAGGACAACAACAAAAGAAAUACGUACACAUGUUAAACUCUACUUUGGCUGCCACUACACGUGUCAUCUGUUGUAUUCUUGAAAACUAUCAAACCGAAGGUGGAAUCAACGUACCAAAGGUACUUCAACCAUACAUGGGAGGUGUUGAAUUCAUCCCAUUCGUCAAACCAAAGCCAAAGCAAAAGUAA